AUGAGGAGGAAGAGGCCAGUUGGGAAGGAGUUCCCCAGAACCCCAGCUGCAUUCCUGGAGCAGAAGGAAAUGUGGUCAGCUUGCAGAGACCAAAGCCUAUUCCUAGGAGAGAGCCUAGAACCAGAGGGAAUGGCCCCUGGAACCCAGAGACCCUCAUCCCAGGAGUUGGUGACCUUCAAGGAUGUGGUUGUGGACUUUGCUGAGGAGGAGUGGUGCCUCUUGGACCAUUCUCAGAAAGAGCUGUACAAGGAGGUCAUGCUGGAGAAUGUCCAGAACCUUCUGUCCCUUGAUGUAGAGAGCAGGUUCGAGGUAAUUGAAAUAACUAGAAUGCUGAGAAUUUUUGUGGAAGAAUGUGACCUGCAAAGAUUCAUGAAUGAUGAUCCCUGUGGCUUCGAUAUGAGAGAAAUCCAUGACUCUAAUAUCAAGUUAGGUAAAAAUCCGAAGAGUGACUGUGAAUUUGAUGCAAUUGGAAAGAGAUACAGACAGUCUUCUUUCCUAAAUCACUGUAAGAAAAUGACCUCAGGGAAUGACUGUCUUCAGGAUAAUGAGUGUAGCAAAUGCUUGAAUGAACAGGCAGAGCAUUUUCAGUCCCAUGAGAACUCUCCUGAAGUGCCAGCACAUCUAGGUAAUCAAUGGGAAAUGGCUUUGAGCUGGAGUUCCGAUCUCCUUAGACAUCAGAAAAGUGACACUGGAGAAAUGCUUUGUGUGAGUAAAAAAGGUGGGAAGGCCUUGAGUCAGAACUCUAAGCUCAUUAGUCAUCAGCAAAUUCCCAUUAGAAAGCCUGAUGAAUGUAAUGAAUGGGAAACAACUUUAUCUCAUCACUCAUCUGUUCCUUGCCAGGCUAGAUUUCACCCUGGGAUGAAAAGAUAUGACUGUCCUCAGUGUGGGAAGGCCUUUGGCUGGGACUCAGCUCUUGAUAGCCCUCAGAAGAUUCAUACUGUGGAGAAGUUUUAUGAAUGUCAUGAAUGUGGGAAGGUUUUUUGUCACAGAUCACUCAUUAUUGGCCAUCAGAGAAUCCAUACUGGAGAGAAAUUUUUUGAAUGUAACCAGUGUGGAAAAGCUUUCACACAGAGCUCCAGUCUUACUGCACAUCAGAGAAUUCAUACUGGAGAGAAACCUUAUGAAUGUAAUCAAUGUGGAAAGACUUUCACACAGAGCUCUAGUCUAGCUGCACAUCAGAGAAUCCACACUGGAGAGAAACCUUAUGAAUGCAAACAAUGUGGAAAGACUUUCACAAAGAGCUCCAAUCUUGAUGCACAUCAGAGAAUCCACACU